GAAAAAUAUCACCUGGGAGCAGAGAUUUUAAACAUUGUUGAAAAUCUCUGCCUGGGAGUCAGUGUCAUGAUAUGAACAGCUGUUGCAAUCAUUAUACUAUAACGUCUGUGGAAUAUGGAUACAAUACGGUACAAACCAAGGGUCCUGUAUAUUAAGAUAUGGAGUAUGAAUUAUCUUUGGUUGGUGAGGCUACGAAUGAGGUUAUGUCCGCUAUCACUGUUCGUUUUACCCGCGAUAUUUUUAAUUGCCUAAUACUAUAAUUAUUUAUUCAUUUGUGUUUUGCAGUUUUGUAACUAUCGUAUUGUAAAUUGUAACUAUUGAGAUAAUAUAAAAACCGUUCCCCAACACCAAUUUUCAAAUUACUGUCAUAGUGUUAUGGCUCCUCGAGGUAGAAAGCCAAAAGUAAAAAACGAACAAGAAUCCACAGAGUUUGAAAAAAAUCGUUAUAUCAUUUUACCAGAUUCUUUAACAAGAGAUAAAAAUACUGAUCGACGAUUAAUAAAAUUGCGUCAUCCACAAACUAGUGAAUUGGCUAUUUUUGUGUACUCGGAAAAUGAUAAGACUCUAGCACAAAUGCGAUCCUUACCAUUUAGUCAUCGAUCAUUUUUUAAAGGCAAUGAAAUCAUUCCUAUUGAUAGGAUUGAUUUUGUAACAUUAGUUGAUCCUCUGUUUCUUUUAUUACCAUAUUUUAUCAAAUGUUCUUCCAUGUUCUGUCCAUUGGAUCAAAUUUUAGUGGAUGAAGAUCUUUCAGAAUUAAAUAACCUCCUGAUGAAAUUAUCUGAAUUGAGCAAUUUAAAGCAAAUUGCUACUAAAAAAGAAGUUGGAGAUUUAAUUUUGUGGCAAUAUAAUGAAAAAAAUACUUUAGAAUGGCUAACACCUAAAAUAGAUAAAGUAGCAAAAGUUUUAGUCAAUCAACAAAUAAAUGUUAAUCAAAAUGCAGCCAUAUCAUCUUCAUUUAAACUGAGUGAAACAAUCAUACACUCAACUGACGAACAGUACAAAAGAUAUGCUUAUGAUAUAAUUUCGGAAUAUUUACACAUUGAUAUUCAAAAAUCAUUGUUAAAACAUCUUGAGCUUCCAGAAAUAGUAGAAUGUAAUAAACGUAAAGCCAAUGAAAAUAAUGAUGUAAAUAAAAAGAUGAAACAUGUUCAAGUCGAAUUUGAUGAAAAACCUAAAGUUGAAAAGACUGUCAUUCCAAAGUUAUCUGCUAAAGAUAAAGCAUUAAAAAAAGCUGCAACGGGUACAAAAUCAAUAUCAUCAUUUUUUAAAAAAAGUGUAUAAAUUAAUGUGUUUAUGAAAUGAAAUAUGAUUAAUCUAACUUUUUUUUUUAU